AAAAAGUGAAAUUCACAACAAUUUUCGAUCUCAUCUCAACUCUACGCUAGAAGAAUGUCUCUACUCUUUGAUCCGACAUAUCCUCUUCACGUCCAGUAUGUGGUCUCGCAAUCCGUUUGGGAUUUGUUUGAAAUACAUUUCUGGCAGAUAUUGUGCAACAAAUGGGGCAAAAACAGAGCGUUUCUAACUUUGCAGUACAGAUAUGAAAAGAAACGAAACGAAGUGAGAGCUGUGUUGUUGUUGGCAGUGGUCUUCCUAUUGGCAUAUCUUAUACAACGGUAUAUGAAUUGGAGACGAAGACCAACGCAACAGCCAAUUGGAGAAGCAGUAGAAGAGCACAACGGCGUCCGUCAGCGACCAGACAAUCAACAGCCAAAUGGGAACCGAGAGAGCGCUGGUUCUGACCACCAGUCGACACAGAACCGCGAGAAACGGGUCGACUCUAAUCAGAAAACUCAAAACUAA